AUGACGAUGAGCCGGAUCCACCCAUCGUCCGAGACGACGCGGCCUCUUCUUCGUCCCCACCGCCGCGGCGAAGAUGCCGGCCGCACGUCGCCGUCGCCGGCGGCCCGGCAGUACACGGUGUGGAAGAGGUCAAGCAUGGGCUUCCACGGCACCGACGGCUUCUCCGUCUACGACGCCGCUGGCGCCCUCGCCUUCCGCGUCGACAACUACUCGCGCCGCAGCAAGGUCUUCGCCGGCGAGCUGCUCCUCAUGGAUGGCCAAGGCUCGCCUCUCCUCGCCCUCAGGCCACAGAUCUUCAGCAUGCGCGACCAGUGGAAUUGCUAUAAAGCAUCAGAAGAAGGUCAAGGCAAGAGGACAUCACACCCACUCUUCUCAAUGAGAAAGUGCUCGAUUUUGCAAAAUGGUCAUGAAGCAGAAGUGUUCAUGUCAGGAUGCAGCACUGCAUCUGACAAUCCUGGCCAAGGUCCCAACUUCUUGGUUGAGGGCUGCUUCAGGAGAGGAAACUGCAAGAUCCGCAACAGUGACGGCGAGGAGGUGGCCAGGAUAGUGAGGAAGAAGGCUGAAGCCGCAUCAAAUUCUUGUACGCUUGGCGAUGACGUGUUCAGCCUUGUGGUCGAGCCGAACGUGGAUUGCACGGUGAUCAUGGCUUUCGUUGUUGUUCUGGACAGGAUCUGUUGGAGGCCGUACACACCCAUGAUCUGCUCCUCAUAG